CCUUAGGCGAAUAAUAAAUUCAUCAUAAUCCGAACAGGUCUUAACAGAGGCUAGAACGAUCAAGUUGGAAUACGUUCGCAUAACGUCUGCUACAUAAAUAUAGCGCAAUGUCUGGAGCAGUCGAUCGCAGUGCUCAAAAUAAAAGCUGUCUGUGUGUGAUGAAAAACGUGUGUGAUGAUAUAGUGGAAAGGGCGAUACAUAGCGAUAGCUGACCAUAACGAUAUAUUCUGAAAAAUAGGGAGGGAGAGCGCUAUCUCAACUGUUUUUGUUAUUGAAUGCGAUGUCUAAUGGUACCGCUUUCAUUCUGCCGAGCUACCGUUUACCGUUUGGUCACAAUUGUUUCCUCGACGGAUGACUUCGGUUUUGUUUGUCAGCGCUGCGAUAUUAAUAAACCGUCGUUCACUCCAGGAAGGUCACAUCCUAACGAGUGGACAAAGUGUCCUAAGGGACGCGUUCCUGAAUGCACUUAGCCGGCACACCAAAGCAACAGAUUAAGUUUGUUAGUUUUCGUGUGUCUCUGUUAUUUGAAGAAAGUGAAGUAGCGCCGAUUAAGUGUACUUGUGUAAUCAACAGGGUUCGAGCAUAGUAGUCAACAGUAGCGGUUACAAGUACGCACUUGCUCUAAGUGGUGAAUUUCAACAAAAUUCAGAAGCAUGCCUAUAACAAAUAUUGCCGGACAAGGCUACUGCCGGCGGGGAAGUGAUUCUGAAUUCUACACGGGUGAGACUGGGACGGACGACCAACGUUUUGAGACCGCGACAUCUCGGGAGCAACUCGAAGUAGAACAGCUUGUUGCAAACGUUGUCAAUGAACUUCUACUUCGCCACCGUAAUCGACACCCUACCGAACCCCUGCCGCAUCUCCUGAGGAAUAAGCAUACUCGUUUCAUAACCCGGGCCAUCCUUGAUGGCUUUCCACCAUCGUACCAGAACUUAGACGCCAGCGGUCCAUGGCUCUGUUACUGGACCGUUCAUGCGAUGAACCUUUUAGGGAUAACCCUUGCAGAUUCGACUAAAUCGGCAUUUGUGCGUUACCUCAACCAGUGCAAGCAUCCGCAAGGAGGUUACGGCGGAGGGCCCAGACAAAUAGCUCAUCUUGCAGCAACGUACGGCGCUGUAAACUGUUUGAUAUCGUUGGGCACUCGUGAGGCAUAUGAUAGUAUUGACCGCGAGAAACUGCUGCCGUUUCUAGUGCGACUACACCAAAGUGAUGGGUCAUUCAUAAUGCACGAAGGUGGAGAAGUCGACGUACGGGGAACGUAUUGCGCGCUUGCCGUAGCUCGACUCACGAACCUGUUGUGCGAAGAGCUCACCAAUAAAUCUGCUGAGUUCGUCCUUGAGUGCCAGUCAUAUGAAGGAGGAUUCGGUGGUCUACCAGGACUCGAAGCACAUGGUGGUUAUACUUUUUGUAGCAUCGCAGCGUUAGCGAUUUUGGAGGCAGUCACUCGCUGUGACCUGCCAAAGUUGCUCAACUGGCUUAUAAUGCGACAAUGUCCCUUCGAAGGUGGCUUUAAUGGUCGUACAAAUAAACUUGUUGAUACCUGCUAUUCGUUCUGGCAAGCUGGAGCGAUACCAAUAGUUUAUCGCGCAUUAUCACUUAACGAAAAGUAUGUGGACGCCCUUCCUGUUGACAAGUGGCUCUUUAAUCAGCGGGCUCUUCAAGAAUACAUUCUAGCCUGCUGCCAGGCACCAAACGGAGGACUUAUCGAUAAACCAGGUAAACCGGCAGACUACUACCAUACCUGUUAUGCAUUGAGUGGUUUAAGCAUUGCGCAACAUUUCACCUUUUUGCCAGAACCUUCAAUUACUCUUAUUGGAAGCCACCAAAAUCUAGUGGAAAUCACUGAUCCUGUUCAUAACCUACGCCAGGACUUUGUCGAAGCCGGAUUAGCACAUUUCGGAAGACUACCCGUGCCCACUCUGGACCAAAAUUAGCCCAUUAAGGCAGCCUUCAUCGUCAAGGGAACAGUUUAAUAUUGUUUUAUUGAAGGACUCCCUUUACCGGCUAUGGUCGGUUGAAUAUGUAAACUUUAAAUGUGUACAGUACUAAAUACAAAGGUUUUUUUUUAAUAAGGUAACGACUACCAUCGACACCAGGUGAUGACGACUGACAAAAGCAUUCGCGCUACAAUACUCCUUUGAGAAAACCGAAUAUUCAUAUUUGUCAUAGCGAAAGUACAAGUGUUACAUCUACCACUUGUGACAGAAUUAAAGCAGUUGGUAUGUUACGGAUAUUGCAAUAGAGUGGACGGGAUCUGUUGUGAUAAUUUAUUUUGUACGUAAAAUAAAUCGCACAAUGAGAACCGAAAAAGUCUUACAAUUUUAUCUCUACAUUUUUCUCAUGCAGACAUGGACAUAACUGAUACAAUACAUCUAAAUUAAGACAAUCAUUUAGGAAGUUCCUUUAUUAAAUCGUUUGUUAACCACCAUAUCUACAAAGCAACAAAAAAAACUCGUGAAUGAAAUCGACCUUUUUUUUUUUAUAACCAUGUACAUUAUCAUAGCUUAAGAUGAAUAUUUUUACUUCCUUCCAACAUGUUACGCAACAACGUGUUAAUUAGGCUCAAGUUUUCGUUUCAGAGGACUCCUUGAAUACUUUAUUUGAUAUUUGAGAUACUUGAAAAUGUCUUUGCGUCUAAUUUUAUAUAUAUAGGCAUGAACGUGUACAGUUAUUGCAGUUGUUUAUUGUUGUUUAUGUACGUGGAUAAAUGCUCGGACUUUAAUGGUCAUUUUAUGGCUAUUCCUGGAUCGGUCUGGAUUUUGGAAAGGUAACAAGAUCCGCAUUUCAAUUUUAAGCGUCUAGAGAAAGCUUUCCUUUAAAAAUAUAUCGGUUUUUUUUUCAUUAAAUUAACUCAUGCUACGUAUUUUAUUCCGGCGUGUCUACCUAAGCCGUCUUGAGCAAACAAGCAGUUGAGUAUUUCUUGAUUGUGUUGAAUACACUGCGCCAUACUCUUAAUUCAUUCAGUACUUUUGUCCGACUUUUACUGUGCCUUUCAUUCGCGCAUUAAUUUUUUGUUACUGACUGCGAUCACAGAUUAAAGGCAUCAUUGAGACUACCCUGUUUUCGCGCUUGGGAAUGUGCAUUGUAAACGAUCUAAUCUUUAUUAGUUCACAGUUCUCUCAGAAUAGUGCUCCCACCACUGAGAUGUUGUACGCAGUGCAUUUUAGACGGAUCGAUUACGGUCCGAAUAUGAUAAGGGAACUAUUUGAUUUACACCUACACCGUUUAGAUAAAUUUGUGGCAAAUAAACAAAAAUAGCUACAACUAAAAUACUAUAAUACGAAUAAUACAAAUAAAAAGCUCCUUAUGUGACUUCGUGUCG